AUGUUUGCCUCCUGCGCCCAAGCUAUCGAUGGCUUUGAGCACUCGUGUGGCAUGUCCUUGCGCGGCUACAAGGCCAAGGGCCACUUUACGCCCAAGCCGGCCGGCUUGCAUCUCGAUGCUACCAAGAGCGCAUUUGGCGCUACGGUCGCCAUUGACCCCGCGUUUGUACCGCCCCAGGCGAGACCAAAGAAACAAAAGGCGCCGUCACGCGCGCCCUCGAAUCAGUCGCGCGACCCGACCCGUCGGCCGCAGAGCGCUGCUCGCACCAAGGCUGCGCCGGUCGACUUUGUCUACGACGUGGACACACGCAAGGCGCUGCGUCAAGCGCUCGAUAAGGAGCGGAGAGAGCUCCUCCAACAAGCCCAGGAACGCGAGCGCACGCUGCGCGACGCAAAUCUCUGGCUCCACGACCGCCGCAACGACCAGGGCUCUGCCAAGGCCAAGAGCCAGCCGACCAAGACGACGACCCGACCCAAGCCCACGAGCAAAGAAUGCUGGAUAAGCAGCAGUUGCGAGGACCUUCUGCGCGCAGUCUCUGUUGCUGUCGAGAUCAAGGACGAUGCCGACGACGAAAUCACGUGGACUUCAUCGGGCACCACCAAGUCGAAGACCAAAAGGAAGCAAGGGCGGCCGUUAACGGCCAAAGGCCCGCGCAACUCGGUCGCGGAGAAUGUGCAUCGGUCGGCGCCGCAGACGCAGGCGUACCAUCGUGGCAGCUAGGUGGAUGAGGAUGCAUCGUUCGGUGUGCCAAGACGCGACGCCGUUUAAGUUAUACAUGUCCAUCAUGAUUGAUGA